AUGCUGUCUCUAAUUUCCUUUGCUUCUGCACACAUGAUUGAAGUUACAGCUUCCAGAAAAGAGUGCUUCUUCGAGGACCUACACGAACAUGACCAAAUGACAGUUACAUACCAGGUCGGAGAGGGUGGACACCUCGACAUUGACUUUUGGCUAACGGAUCCAGAAAACAAUGUCCUCACUAAACACAUUCGUGAAAGCACCGGCACGACAUCCAUAACAGCUGAAAAGGAUGGCCGAUACGAGUACUGCUUCUCUAACCAGAUGAGCACGGUGGCGGACAAGAUGGUUAGCUUUAACGUUCAUGGUAUCAUAUACGUGUCAGAGGAAGAUAUCACUGCUCCCGUUGAGCGCGAGAUCCGCUCUCUAGCUAUAGGUCUCACAUCUGUCAAGGACGAACAAGAAUAUAUUGUCGUCCGCGAGCGUAGGCAUCGGGACACGGCAGAAAGCACCUGCGACCGUGUGAAGUGGUGGUCUGUGCUCCAAGCGCUUGUAUUGUUCGCGGUAGUCGCGUGGCAGGUGUAUUACCUUAAGAGCUUCUUUGAAGUAAAACGCGUUAUAUAG